ACUGGGACGGGCCUCCAUUGGUCCGCUACUGGGCUCCUCGAGGGCAGGGCGCUCGCGCUGGCGGACUCCAGUGACACAGCACGCGCCAGCAGUGUAGCGUGAAGCGGCUCCGCGUCGGCGGGAAAAGUGAGACCGAAGGAAAGAACUAAACGAAAUUGGAUCGAAUAAACUACUUCUGACAAGUCAAGUUUAGCUCGCUUCUCUAACAGACAACUUCUCUUAUAUUUUUAUGGCAUGUACGUAAACACAGACGCAGCGGCUGUGUCAGUCAUGUCUACAGCGCUUGAACAGAACAGCCGGUGGAAGUUACUCUGGCUUUCUAAUGGUGAGCCAUGGAUGAGGAGGACAGCCAGGAUGAGCUGAUCAACAGGAAUGCGUCCAAUGGGCGAGGAAAAAGGCCUGCCUCUUCCGUCUUUACGGACGAAGAGAAUGAUACUGAUGAACUGGGGUCCAGCUCAGAGGAGGAGAGUGAAACUGAUAGUGGGGAUGGAGAUGAGGACAACGAUGGUGAUGAAGACGAAGAGGAUGAGGAGGGGGAUGACAGUGAUGAUGCUGAAGAGGAUUCUGGGAAGGCUGCGGAAGGCGCUGUCAGAGGAGCUUUAACCACUGAUGCUGCAGACCUCAGCUCAGACGAAGAUGCAGAAAAAUGCCCCAUCUGCCUCAACUCUUUCCAGCAGCAGCCACUAGCCACGCCUGAGAACUGCGAGCACUACUUCUGUCUGGACUGCAUCCUGGAGUGGUCCAAGAACGCAAACUCCUGUCCCGUCGAUCGGAUUGUCUUCAAAAAUAUCUGUCUCAGGAGGUGUUAUGGGGGGAAGGUUCAGAAGAUGAUCACUGUGCAGAAGCCAGCCAAGGCAACUCCAGAGCAGACUGAAGUGGACCUUGAUCAAACCAACUGUGAGGUGUGCGGUCGGAGUGACCGCGAGGACCGGCUGCUGCUCUGUGAUGGCUGUGAUGCAGGCUACCAUAUGGAGUGUCUAACCCCACCUCUGAACUCAGUUCCUGUUGAGGAGUGGUUUUGCCCAGAGUGUGCUGCCAACAACAACCCUGCAGGGGCUUUCUCAGAGGAGGUGAGCGAGGAUGAGCUGAUGGCCCUGACAGCCGAUGCUGUGCCCACCACUAGCCACCUUCGAACCUCCAGCAGCAGACCGACGCGGGCCAUCGCCCGUACCCGGCAGAGCGAGAGGGUUAGAGCCACGGUGAACCGGAACCGCAUCACACAGGCACGCACUAUGCAGCACGUUCCCCGGUAUCUUGUCCAGUCCACCUGGUUGGAUGAGACCAUUGAAGCCGUGGUGGCAGGUCUGAACACGGCUGCGUACAUGCGUGACCUGACACCACGCUCUAGGACCGGCAGGAGACGAAAAACAGCUAAGCGAAGAGCAAAGAAUAAGAAGGUGAAGACUAAAGGGUUCUCAGAUGCUGGCAGAAAAGACAGAACUGGUGGGAAGGGGGCAAAGAGACGCAAACGACGCUCUAGGAAGUCUAGAUCUCGGAGGAAACAGGAAAUGAAGGAGAUAACACCUCGUUCCCGCCUGGCUAAGAGUCUGCGCAUUGGGACGCCACUGCGGACCUCAUCAAUUCCCUCCGUUUACCGGCCUGCUGAGCAGAGCCUUGGGAGUAUGCGUGCUGACAUAGGGGCUGCCUCUCUGUCCAUAUACGGAGACCCAUUUGACUUGGACCCUUUUGAAGAUGAGGCAGAGCAGGCAGAGCAGUCCCCAGGACCCUCUCACCUGCUGGACGCGAAAAGACGAGGCUUGUCCCGUUCUGCUCUGCGCUCCCAUCGGCCAGUGGCCCGGCCUGUACCUGUUGGUCUCCACAGACGGGGUCUUGGUAUUCCUGAGGUGGAGGCGGAGGCAGAGGCUGCUGCUGUGCCUGAUCUUCUUGGCAGCAUCUUGUCCAGCCAAAGCAUGCUGAUGAUGGACAGUGCUGACGUGGUUAUCAACAGGGAUGGCUCUCUAAAGGCUAUCAAACCAGUUGGCAUUUCCUCUCCAAAGGCCAUGAUUCCCAGCGGUGGAGUCUGCCAGACCACAGCAGAGAUUCAGGUCGGGGCCUCACCAAGCUCUGGAACAAGUGCCUUUCAUGCCAGAGGGGAUGCAGGGCAGUCCGGUGGCUUUCCCGUCAGGCCCUCGCCACCUUUCAACUUCCCUAGCCCUUCUCUGGGAACACCCACUUCCCCUCAGCUGUCUGGCUCAUCCCCAGUGCCACAUCCCGCAUCUCCUGGGAACUCUCGCAUUCCUCUGAACAAUCCCAUGACACGAAGUCCCUGCACCCCUGGGAACCCUCUUGACCACGUUUCUGGUGGACGAAGCCCAAAUUGUUCUACCCUCCACACUCACUGUGGACCUAAGGAAGCGGCUGUGCCGCAGGAGAAGGUGCCUCCCAAACCCACGUGGCUGGAUGUGUCUGGUCUACCACGGAUACCAAAGAUCAAAAGGGAGAGCCCUAAUGGUUUGGCUCCUGGUGGAAAUGACGGUCGCAGCAGUGGCAUCCCGGAGUCCUGCUUAAACAGUUUGACAGGCGACAGGGUCCGACAGCAGACUGCAGGUCAAGGGCUAUCUGGGACUGAGCAGGGAAGGGUGGGUGGCAGUGACGACAGGCAGAGGCAAGGUGGAGAGGGCACCUCAUCAUCAUUCUCAAGCUCCUUCCUGUCCUCUGGUCCACCAACUGGGCACACUAGCUCCUCCGCUGUAAGCUUUCGUAUCAGCAGUAGUGGGAACUCGUGGCAUGCCAGGCGACUGGCCCACGCCAGGGCACAGGGGGCGGACCGGCCCUGCAAAAAACUCCUCGAUAGUGAGCAGACACGGGGCAAAGAUAAACCCACCAAGAGUGAGAUCUAUGACCCAUUUGAGCCCACCGGCUCCGAUUCAGAUUCCCCCACCAGCACUUCGGAAAUUGAGACUGUGGACAGUCACCCCCAGCUGGGUGUGCUGGAAGAGAAACGGGGACAGACAUCUGUUGCUGGAAGUAAGCAAGAUGACAUCAAGGCCAUAACUCACCAAGCUAUAAGUGAGCCACCAGACAGUGACGCUGAAGCUGAAGACUCAGGGAGUAGUGUUGAAAUCAAUGACACAAAACACUCUGCAGGUCUGAGUGACAGUUUGAAAAAGACGUGUUUGUCUGAGGAGUCGAGCUCUGAAUCUCCGUGUUUUCCUGAAGUGUGGCAAACAGUUGUAAGAGGUGCUAAAGCGAGUAGGUCCGACGAAUGCAGCGAGCCAAGCCAGCAUCCAAAGAGAGAACCUCAUUGGACACGCUCGAGGUCAACAUCAACUUCCAGCCACAACAGUGAGACUUCCAUUAAGACUGAGGAUAAACCAUAUGAAGUGGAAGGUCGCCGCUCUCAGUCCAGGUCCAAGUCAAAGUCGCCCUCAAGUGCAGUGACCGAUGGAAAACGGGAAUCAGAUGAAAGGAAGACGACCGAGGGCAGACGUUCCAUCUCAAGCAGCCCAGAUUCAAGCAGGAAGACAGAGCCCAAGGGGAAGGGCAGAGAGAAAAGGACAUGGUGUUCCCACUCAAAGGAGCACAACUGGACUGGGUCCCCUUCUGACACAGAGUCAGAAGACUCAGACAGGUCCUGGAAGAAACGGAAGCGCUCAUGGUCAUGGGCAAAGGACAGGGGGCGGUCCCGGUCGAGCAGCAAAGACCGAUCUAAGAGGGAGAUAUUGGGGAGAGAAAGCCAUGACCGAAAAGGUAGCGAUAGGUCAAAGGACUUGAAAGACAAAUGGCACGGUCAGUCUCGGUCACGAUCAAGGACCAGAUCCAGGUCAGGAUCUAAAUCCAGAUCCCGGUCGAGAUCUAGGGAGCGAAGAAAAGACCGGAUAAAAUCUUCUUCAAAAUCAAAGGAUGGGAGCAGGUCACACUCAAAAGACAAGAGGCGACCAAGGUCCAGGUCGAAGUCCAGAGAAAGGAGAAAGGAGAUCUGUCCGUCAGACAGUGCUCACUCCACUGAGAGAACUUCUCCACCACUAGCAAGUUGUUCAGCAGCCGUGUCCCAAGAGGUGAGACAGCCUAAAGAUACCACUGUGGAAAAAUCUGUUUCUCACAGUACUGCAAAGGAAAGUGAGAUUACAAAGAAGAAAUCUGUCCCUCAUAACAUGAAUGUAAAAGGCAGAGAUUCAAAAGACAUAAAGGUUUCUCCCAGCAAAGCAAAAGAAGCAAAGGAACACAAAGAGAUUAAAAAAGAAAAAUCUGCUCCUCUUGAGAUGCUCGGAGUGGCAAAGAAACCGAAAGUAUUCAAAAAUGAAAAAAGUCUUCCUCUUAGUCUAGUCAGGGAAAUGAAAGAUCCUGCUGAAAUGAAAGACGAGCAGGUAUCUCAAAGCACAGUCAAAGAGGAACAUCCUGAAACCUUAGAAGAACCUGUCUCACACUGUGUGGUUGAAGAUGUGAAAGGGCCUAAAGUAAAAGGUGAAAUGUGUGUCAAAGAAGAGAAGAGCGCUGCAGAGAUUAGAGAACAAAGACCUGUUUCUGGUGGAGAGGCUUCAGCCUACAGAAAAGAUGACAGUGCCAUGAUAGAGAUGAAAAUGGAUAAUUUUACGCUGCAGAAAAUCAAACCAGAGCCUCAUUGGCCAGAGGAGAAUACACAACUGUCAUGCCAGAGUAAAAUGCUCUCUGUUCAGAGCCAGCCUGCAGUGGCAGAAGAUGGUCACAUGGGGGCCAUGGGGACAUGCAGUGCCUCACCCAAAAAUGUCUUGAUGGCUAAGGUAGACUUGGCUGCCUUGAAUGCAGCAGGUGCUGCAAAACCUGAGGAAAAGACCUCAGCAGAUAUCAGUAUCAACAGGGACCCCUUUCUGGGUAGCCUGAUUUCCAUCAAGACGGAGAAGUUUGAACUUUCUGAACCCAGGAGUGGCAUGAAGAGCUGUGUGACACUUGGCACAUCGACACAGAGGCCAGAAGGACUGCCCUCGCUCAGAGAUGUGAAACAGGAGGAACUGUCUGUGAGCAAGCUUGAGUUACCACAUGUAGUUCAACUGGAAAAACAGCAUGUGUUAAAGGAGGAAGAACAGUCGUUCUGUAAAGAACGGACGGCUUCAGCAGUCAGCCCUCAGAGGUUGCCUGCAGUGAAGCAGGAGUUACCACCCAUGUUAGAAACCACGACUGAACCAGCCCCGGUCACUGUUGGCGCGAAGUCCAAACCCUCGGUAAAGAGGGUCACAUGGAACCUGAAGGAGGCAGAUAAGCUCCCUUGUGAGAAAUCUGGAAAACUCUCUCACCUCAAACUGGGGCAGAGUAGCCGGGAAAGUUCCCGCAGGCCUACCAGCAUGAGCCAGACCGCUGGCCAGGGCACUGGUCAGGCCAGCAAUCAGACCACCAGCCAGGACCUCCCCCAGGGCCCUGCCCCUAUCACCCCAGUCGGAGAACCAACUGCUCACAUCAUAAAGAAGGCAGUCCCAGCAUCAAUAUCCCAUGGCACCCCUCCUGGGUGUGAAACCCAGCCAGGCCAGUCUCAGUCCAGCCAGGGAGCUCCAGCAGCUAAGAAGAAAGAUGCUACCCAGAAUGCAUCCCAAAAGGACAAGUACAUGAAGAAGCUGCACAUGCAGGAGAGGGCUGUGGAGGAGGUGAAGCUGGCCAUCAAGCCUUUCUAUCAGAAGAGGGACAUCACUAAGGAUGAGUACAAGGACAUCUUGCGCAAAGCAGUUCAGAAGGUGUGUCACAGCAAGAGCGGGGAGAUCAACCCAGUGAAGGUGGCCAAUCUGGUGAAGGCCUACGUGGAUAAGUACAAACACGCCAGGAAGCACAAGAAAGGAGGAGACGAGAGCAAAGCUCAGGCUCCCGAGAAACCCAAGGCCAUGGACAACUCCUGAGAGCACGCAUCCAGCAAUCCAUCAGGCAGAGCCAAACUCCUCCACACCCUGUCAUCCCUUUCCCUUCCUUCUAUUAGGUUGUCUUUUUUCCACAUUUUGAUUUUAUCUGUAUUAAGAAAAAUCAGCAGCAGCUCAAGGGCUUAGAGAACCUGGUAUCUCAACGCAUUGUUCAUUCAAAGAGGAUGUAAGCGGCAGUGGGGAGCACAAGCACAAAGCAGAGGUCUCCCAUGUUUGCUUAGCGUGCAGGAUGCUCUGCCACUUAUGCUCUGCAUUGGUCCACAGAGGCUGCUUUGACAGCAUCUUAUAGCCCCAUUCAAAAGAACUCUUUGUGUUCUGACCUUCCGAUUUCCUUUUUAGGCUGAUUUCUUUGGUCUCCUUGCCCUUAACUUUCUCUUUGCUAAAGUUCCACCUUUGCAUUUCCCUCCCGUCUACUGAAUUGCAUAGAAACUGGUAAGGAAACUGUUUAGGGGACACUAAGUCUUUGCCCGUACCCUUUCAGACUCUCCGCUAUGUAAUUUUCAUUGGAAUGCCAUCUUACGGUUUGGCGUUGGAUUGAAGCGUGCUCUUAUUUUGUAUUGUUUGUGUUCCACACCAGCUGAUGUCUGCCAUUUUGCUGGAGAUGGGCCCACAUGGGACCUCCUGUAUGUCCCUUUCUUUGAACUGUGGUUCCAGCCACCUACAGGUUGCAGGUUUUAUUGCCUGUCCUCUUUCAGACACAUGCGUGUUCCAGUAAGCAGGGAUGAGAUGGAGAACACAACUGUCGGCCACAUGACAGCUCUGUUGCCUUGCUGCUUUCAUCCACGGGUUAGGAGUAGCAGGUUUCUACACAGUAGCAAGCAUUUAUGCUUUCUUUCUUUUCCUGCUAAGGGAAGUAACAGCCAUUCACCUUGGAAAUGAAAGAGGAGCUUGUAAAAGAGUUCCGGUUCUUCUCUGAACUCCAUAACCAGGCAGAUGG